AGGAAACGCGAUCGAACUACCAAGGCACGGGCUCCUCUCCUCUUAAAGAGCAGACUUGCGCAUCCCCCAACCCAGCAAGCACAGGUUCCCGAUCGCCUCGCCUUUUUUCCCAAUCCGCUCGUCGCCCCGGUUCGUUCUUCCGGCGAAUUCCCCGGCGUCGCUCCACAGCAAUCUUCUCCCCGCGAAGUAAAAUGCAACCAAAUUAAUCUUCGGUUCUUGAUGUGGAUUAUGCCCUCAAGGAAUUAUGUAUUCAUGUGUGAUCUUGAGGAUUUCCUUGAAUGCAGAAAAAUGAUGCAGAUCUUUGUUAAGACCCUCACUGGCAAGACUAUUACUCUUGAGGUUGAGAGCUCCGAUACCAUUGACAAUGUGAAGGCCAAAAUCCAGGACAAGGAAGGCAUUCCUCCAGACCAGCAAAGACUCAUAUUUGCCGGCAAGCAGCUAGAGGAUGGCCGGACAUUAGCUGAUUACAACAUCCAGAAGGAGUCUACUCUUCACCUUGUUCUUCGUUUGAGGGGCGGGAUGCAAAUCUUUGUUAAGACACUUACAGGGAAGACCAUAACUCUGGAGGUCGAGAGCUCUGACACCAUUGACAAUGUGAAGGCAAAGAUUCAGGAUAAGGAGGGCAUCCCACCUGACCAGCAGAGGCUUAUCUUUGCCGGAAAGCAGCUUGAGGAUGGCCGUACAUUGGCUGAUUACAAUAUCCAGAAGGAGUCUACUCUUCACCUCGUCCUCCGCCUCCGAGGUGGAAUGCAAAUCUUUGUCAAGACAUUGACUGGAAAGACCAUCACGCUUGAGGUGGAGAGCUCUGACACCAUUGAUAACGUGAAGGCCAAGAUUCAGGACAAGGAGGGAAUUCCUCCGGAUCAGCAGAGGCUCAUCUUUGCCGGAAAGCAGCUGGAGGAUGGGCGUACCUUAGCAGAUUACAACAUCCAAAAGGAGUCCACUCUUCAUCUCGUCCUGCGCCUUCGUGGUGGUGCUCUGAUGCAGUGGUGUCUAAAUCCAGAAGUAUGGUUGUGAUUUCCAUGUUGUGAUGGCGCUGUUCCUUUUGUGCCUGCUACUGUUCUAUUUUUUGCUACUUGUUACGCUGUUCAAUGCUUUGCUACUUGCUACUACUGUUCUAUGUUAUCUUAUAUAUGGCUUUAUUUCAUAAUUUGCCUUUUCUGUUA